UAAAGCCAAGGAUGCCAUCUAAAUUCUGCAGAUUGUUGUUUCUCCAACAGUCCAGGGAAGGAAACACAGGCAGGUCCCUGCAGGGCAGGAUGAAGCUGCUGGCUGCUGUGCUCCUGGCUGCUGGUCUGUUAGCCACCAUUGCCCAGGGGGAGCAGCCCCCCUGGCCUGACAAACCUUCAAGGACCUGCUUCUUCCAGAUGCUCAGCAGCAUGGACAGCGAGUUCUGCAGAGGGGAUUUAGAAGUUCUCUACCCCGAGCUGGGUGAUGUUGGCUGCAUGUACAUCCCCAAGUGCCACCAGUACCGGCGGCGGCUCAGCAGAGAGUGGGGCAGCCCCCGUGUCAGGUACCCCCAGGCUGACAAGAGCAAGAAGUAUGUGCUGGUGCUGGUGGAUCCCGACGCUCCCAGCAGAGCCAACCCCAGGAAGCGUUUCUGGAGGCACUGGCUGGUCACUGACAUCCAGGGUGCUGAUCUGAGGACUGGGGACAUCAAAGGACAUGUGCUGACGGAGUACGUGCGGCCCACGCCGCCCCCCCGCAGCGGGUACCACCGCUACCAGCUCCGCCUCUACCUGCAGCCACAUCACCAGGGCAUCACCCUCAGCCCCCAGGAGAGAGCCUCACUGGGUGCAUGGGCGAUGGAGAGCUUCGUGGAGCACUUUCAUCUCGGUUCCCCCGUGGCCUCAACUCAAUUCCUCACCAAAUACUACGAGGAUUAGCAUUGCCCAUCACACCCUUCCCCUGCAGCUGCAUCCCCUCCCUGUGCCACCUCUGUCCAGACCAGGAGGAGACCCCAGCACCCACUGAGAAUGCACCCACCCUUCUGCCAGCCCAGAUUCCCAGCAGAACCCCCAGCCCCUCCACUUCCCAAACCAGGGAGGGUGGGUUCCCUUUCCUCCCAAGGCUAACACCCCAAGCUGUGCCCCAGGAAAGAUGGCAUCACCCUCUUCUCCUCCCCUCACCCCAUUUCUGCCCUGACCCCCAGCAUGUCUCACCUGCCCCUUGAGCUUUAA